GAGUUGUUCGUUCGCCGGGUUUGUGAUAGGUCUGGCGUGAAUGAAAAAUCAAGUAAAUCUUCAAAUUCUCUCCUAAUCGAGAGAUAUCCACCCGAGCGUUUACCACCACGUAAGUUCACCAAAGAACUUAUCUGAAAUCCUAAAUAUGCAGUACAACGGAUUCCACAAUCAGCAUCCUAUUUACAGACCUCGUCCAGACCGGAAUGAACAAUUCGGUAAAAUUCCAUUUUUUAAUGGAUUUCCUGACUUUGGAGGGCCUAAAAACUUUGGUGGCCCUAGAAACAAUUUAGCUGCUAAAAAUAAUUUCAGGCCACGAAAUGAUUUCAAUGGCAUGAGGAAUGAUAACAUGGUCUAUCAGAAAAAUGAGAAUGUAAAUCAAAAUGAUUUUGGGGGACCAAAAGAAUAUAGGCCUAGAAACAAUUUUACCAACAAUCAAGGUCAGAAGAAAAACGACUAUGAAAAUGGACCUAAGCCUGGUGGGAACAUGCAAUUUUACAACCCUAAAAAUGAUUUUGGUGGACCUAAACAACAAAAUUUUCAGAAAAAUAAUUUUGGACCUAAGAAUUUCAGCAAUCAAAAUGGAAACAAUUGUCAAAAUUAUGCUGCAAAGAAAGUUUUUCCUAACCAGACUGCUGGACAGCAACCGAAUGAUUUUAAUGCAAGAAAAUUGCAGAGCAAAAAAGCAAAACAUCCUGGAGACAGUUUAGUCAAGCCCAUGUGGGAUGUGGGAAAUUUGGAACCAAUUCAAAAAGAUUUUUAUAAACCACAUCCUAAUGUUGAAAGUCGAUCAGACGAAGAAGUCCAAAUGUUCCGUGCUGCGAAGGAGAUUACAGUUAGUGGAAAUAAUGUCCCUCGUCCAAACCAAGUUUUUGAUGAAGGCAAUUUCCCUGAACAUAUCAUGACUACUAUUAAAGAACAAGGGUGGACUGAGCCUACUGGUAUUCAGGCUCAAGGUUGGCCAAUUGCCUUGUCUGGUCGUGAUAUGGUUGGUAUUGCAUCAACUGGAUCAGGAAAAACUUUGGCUUAUAUGCUUCCUGCUGCAGUACAUAUUGUUCACCAACAAAGAAUUCAGAGAGGUGAUGGACCGGUUGCACUGAUUUUAGCUCCUACGAGGGAAUUGGCACAACAAAUCCAGUCUGUUGCUCAAGCAUAUAGUGCACAUGGUUGUAUCAGAAAUACAUGUCUUUUUGGUGGAUCUCCUAAAGGCCCUCAGGCAAGAGAUCUGGAAAGAGGUGUAGAAAUUGUUAUCGCUACACCUGGACGGUUAAUUGAUUUCUUAGAGCGUGGAACGACCAAUUUGCGCCGAUGCACUUAUUUGGUUUUAGAUGAAGCUGAUAGAAUGUUGGACAUGGGUUUUGAACCUCAGAUUCGUAAAAUUAUUGAACAAAUUCGUCCAGAUCGUCAAGUACUUAUGUGGUCUGCUACAUGGCCCAAAGAAAUUCAGGCCUUAGCUGAAGAUUUCCUGAACGAUUAUGUCAAAGUCAAUAUUGGGUCUUUAAAUCUGUCUGCUAAUAAUAACAUCAAGCAGAUUAUUGAAGUCUGUGAGGAACAUGAAAAGGAAAAUAAGUUGACAAAUUUAUUGAAGGAAAUCUCUUCUGAGAGGGACAAUAAAGUUAUUGUUUUUGUAGAAACUAAGAAGAAGGUUGAUGAUAUUGCACGGGCUGUUCGUCGCAAUGGCCAUAAGGCACUAGCCAUUCAUGGUGAUAAGUCGCAGCCAGAGCGUGAUGCCGUUCUUACAGAAUUUAGAAACGGGGCCACAACUAUUCUGAUUGCAACUGAUGUAGCUGCGCGAGGUUUGGAUGUUGAAGAUGUUAAGUUUGUUGUCAACUUUGACUAUCCUAACUCUUCCGAGGAUUACAUCCACAGAAUUGGUCGUACUGGACGUUGCCAGCAAUCUGGAACAGCAUACACAUACUUCACUAGUGGUGAUGCUCGUCAAUCUCGCGCUUUGGUAGCUGUACUGCGAGAAACUGGCCAAAACCCACCGUCCAAACUAAAUGACAUGGCUAGAAACAAUAACAGCAAUUCAGGGCGUAAUCGUUGGCAACAGAGAAAGGAAAACAAUAGUGGCUCUAGCUCUCCACGUCAACAGAACAACCAAUGGAACAACAAAAUGGCUAAUGUCAAUAAUGAAGAUAAUUCCAAUACUAACACAUAUCAGAACAGGAACACAAAUCAACAACCUCCACGUUUCACAAAUCAAAAUCAGACCAACCAGGGCUACAGACAAAACAACUACCAGAAACAGCAGGUGCCUUUCCCGAGUCCCAAUGUUUUUGAUUCAAUGGGUGGCUACCAAGGUGGAUACAAUAACGGAUAUCAAAAUGGUUACAACAAUCAAAACAACUAUGGUCAACAACGGUCUUAUAAUAAUACGCGCAAUGGAAACCAACAGUUCCGCAAUAACAACUCCAGCGGUAACAAAUCUAACGGAUCUGGAUCAUCCUUUGGAUCGCCGCCGCCUCACUUCGCUACUCCUCAUUUCCCACAAAUGCACCCUCAUCACCAAGACAUGCUUGGUGGCAAAUUCUAUGGCGGUGGCGUGGGCGGUGGUGGGCCGUGUGGGUAUCAAGCUGCUGUUGGUGCGAGUGUGCCGUACGCCCACUUGCCUCCUGGACCUCUCCUCUAUGCUGCACCAGUACAACAGUAAACACAUACAACGUCCCCGAAUUAUUGUACAAUCAAUGACAGUUUAACGAUUAAGCGUCAAAUUAAGACGCAUCUCUCGAGGUCUCUCUAAAAUUCCACUAAAAAUUAUCUCAAAGUUUUUAAAUCUGAUUGUCUUGAUGUACCUACUUAGAUGUAUAAAUUUAAACAAAAGGUUGACCAUGCGGGAUGUUGUUUUUUUUCUCUUAUGAUAUUUCAGUUUUUAUUUUUACGAUUAGAAUAUCGGUAAUUGUAGAUCUGAAUGAAGGCUUACAAAAUAAAACUUAAGUAUGGACAAUAUUAUUGCUAUAAAUGUAACUUAUUUUUUUAACGGAUAUUCACUGUAUCCGCUAAUAAGUUACAAUGGCACCAUGAUAAUGGUAAUGUUUUGAGAAUUCUGUUCAGAUCGACUUGAAUUAACAAGUGUAUUAUUGUGUGUUAGUUUUAUAAGGCAUUACUGCGUCACAUGCGCCUUUCUACAUCAAUCUGUAUUCAUGGCGUUCAAAUUUAAGUGCUAGUCGAUGUUAGCGAGAUAAAAUUGCGUCGAUUUAUUUUUCGAACACAGAUUAUUAUUAACCUUGAAGAUCUUUCUAAAUGGAGGAUUAAUUUUAAAAUAUUUAAUAAGGAUUAUUGAAAUGCGUAUGUGACCAGUUGAGAACUCUUAAUCCAAAAUAAGUGUGGUGGAACAUUAACUGUCUCUUCUACCUUUAGAUUUUAAUCAUUAUAUUUUAGAGUAGUUGGUGUGGGUACCCUAUUGUGUAAUCCCGGGUGCCUUUCGUUUUUCUUUAAAAUGUCUGUAUGAUGUACGAAAUGCACGAAACAUAAAGAAGAUGAGUGAAAUUAUAGAGGGAAAGUUUAAGGGAUAGAAAACUUUAUCUGAGAUGUUUUAUAUAAAUUAUUUUUAUUACUAAUAAAUUGAUCUUAUCCAGUGAAAAGUGGGACAACUUAGAUUUAGAAAAUUAAUACUUAUAAAACGCUUUGAAUAUACUUCUUUGUAACAAUCUGUAUUGCCAGAUAAAAUUGUGAAUAUUUUUCUUAUUUAAAAGUGAUGUCAAUGACAUUUCAGUCACUGAUUUCAGGGUUAUUUUUUUAUUGAAGAUUAGAUCUUGAUAAACUUGAAUAUUACGUCUAGGGUAAAGUCUGUGUCAAUUGGACAUAGAUAACAGUUGAACUAUAGAAAUGUUCAAUACUAAUUUUACCAUACUCAAAAAUGUAGAAAGUAUGUAAAUAACAUGCAUUUAUCUUAGGAUGAUUAGUAUUUUGAGCGUGAUAAAUAAUAAUCGAACAAUUAUUGCUUUUGUUUCUUAGCAAAAUAAGUAUUUUCUUCUACUUAUUUCGAUUAUUUUUUUAGGAUGUGAUUCCAGAUAUUCGUCUAGUACUACUGGAUUUUCUUUGUACGUAAACGGGUUCUAAUAAGGGCUUAAUAUGUAAUAGGAUGUCAAUAGGUACAAAUUAUCUACUGAAGCAGUAAUAAUGUUUUGUACAGGCCCGUUACUGUCCAAAGAUGUGAAAAAUCUGUGAUAUGUCAAUACUAUAUAUCCUGUCGUUGCGUUUGGUCAAUUGUUAUAAAUACAUAAUUAUAACACUUUCUGCUUUCGGAAUGUGUUUUAGACAAAAAGAUAUAUUUUUUGACUAUUUGAACGAAUUUCAUGAAUGUUUGUGACAUCAAAGAUCGCAAGACGUUCACAGAUAUAAUAUAAUGAUAUGAUAGUUAUAAGAUUUAAUAAUUUAUUGUUAUUCAAUUUAGUUUUCAGUUUACUGUUCGGUGACGAAAUUGAACCAGUUCAAAAGGGACGUAAACGUUAUUAUCUUUGUAAGAAUCCCGUUUUUGGUACAUCUCAUUACGAUGUAAAGCUACGGGUCGGAGCGAAUAAGGGGGUGAACAUCGUGUUCGUGAGUCUCGCAAACGUUACUAUGCGGGAUUUGCUUUGUUAUUUGUGUACAUUUUACGAGAAAGACUGCCAUGAAAGGAUGUGUAUAUGUGCUUAACUCAUCUCAGAGAUGAUUUCGUAAGUGCUGGCCUGGUGACAUUAUAGUCGCAUUAUUAUUCAGACUGGUAGGUUUCGUCUGAUGUAGUUUUUCGUUUGGCGGCAGGGCGCGUGUAUCAGGCUGGCUAGCGUGCAUAUUGGAGCGGCAGGUGCGUGUCGUGUCGAGUAUGGUCGCGGUUCGUAGGUAGCUCCUGUGUAUUAUUAUGUACAAAGUACUGCACCCACCUCUACUAAACAACUGUGAUAAUAACACUAAGUAGCGUAGCAGGCGAUUUAUAUACUAGUUACGUCCAAGUGAAGGGAUGACAUCAUAUCUGACAUACUGUAUUGUGAUAAAUAUAUCGAAACAACCUUUUAGGUGGGUUUUGACUAAACGUUUUCUCUAAACAAGACUGAUUAUUUCUUAUUGAUAAAUAUUUUAUACAUGUUCCACUGACUGAAUGAAUUAAGAUGUCUGUAUUUAUUGGUAGAAUAUUUCUCUCUUGCUGUGUGUUUCUCUUUAAAAUUGAGUAUUCACUAUGUUGGAUAUGUGUCAAAACGCCUUUCUAUGCGGUCACCAAAUCGAUGAAAAAUAUCGUCAUGUUUUUAUUCAUUGAUUUCUACACCUUUUGUUGUGAUGAAAAAUGUUGUUGACAAAUUAGGUAGCAGCAGCGGCAGUUUGAACACUACAUAGAGUAUUAUAUAAUUUUUGUUGUUUAUUUGCAAAUAUUUAUUUAUUCAACCCAUAUCUUAUAGGCAAUCGUACUUUCCUGCUUUACUAUGUACCUAAGAAUUAUUUUCAAAAAUAUUGCAAGUACGUGAAAAAUAUACAUAGAUUUUUAAGUAUGUGGCAAUGCAGAUCUUCAUAAAAUAUUGAUUAUAUUACGACAUAGUUUGUAUUUAUUCAAUUUAUAAAAUUAUAUGGAGAGAGGCUCCUUAUAACACUGUCCCAAAGGGAAGUCUUCUGGAUGUUUCUAAGAAGUGCAUUUCUUCUAUGUAAUACAGUAUUAAAUUCAGAUUAAUAAAUGAAUGUAUAAUUAUUA